AUGGCACAAAAUGUUGCCAACGAUUCGUUUCACGAUAUUGAAAACAAAUCCCACGUGUUGAAUCAAACCAGCAAUUCGCUGCAUGAUGCAUCCGGUUUGCUGGACGAGCCAUUCGCGUCAAACGAGGUCGAACUGCUAGACGAGAGCGUGACGGAUCUGCUGGACGAUCCGUACCGGUUGAAACUGCGACGAAACAGUAAUUAUUAUGGGUUCGAUCAAAGCCUCGGGGACAGUUGGAUCUAUCCGUUGAACUUUCCGCUGCGACAGUAUCAGUUCACCAUCACCGAGGCGGCGCUGUUUAAGAACACGCUUGUCGUGUUGCCCACCGGUCUGGGCAAAACCUUUAUAGCGGCCGUCGUCAUGUAUAACAUCUACCGCUGGUAUCCGACCGGCAAAGUUAUCUUUAUGGCACCGACCCGACCACUCGUCAGCCAGCAGAUUGAGGCGUGCUACCGGAUCAUGGGCAUACCCCGGUCAGACACGGCCGAAGUAACUGGGAAGCAACCUCGACAGAAGCGUACAGCACUGUGGCGGGAGAAGCGUGUGUUCUAUGCGACCCCACAGGUCGUUCUGGCGGAUCUAGAGUCCACCGAACAAACAUUCCCGGCGCAGCAGGUCCGGCUGGUCGUGAUUGACGAGGCGCACAAGGCUAAGGGACGGUAUGCGUACACCGAUGUGAUUCGGCUGAUGGCCGAGCGCAACCGAAACUUUCGCGUGUUGGCACUGUCAGCAACACCUGGCCGAACGCUGGAGGAUGUUGCCGAAGUGAUUAAAAAUCUGCUUAUCGCCCACGUUGAGGUGCGCUGGGAUAACUCGAUCGAUGUGUUACCGUACGUGUUCCGGAAGGAUGUGCGUACCAUCGUGAUACCGCUCGGGCAAACGAUCUUGCGACUGCGCAAGGAGCUCCUGCAGCUAGUCAACCCCUAUCUGCAGCGCUUGCUCGAAUCGAACGUGUUUAUGCGUUAUCCUGACACGGUAACGCCCGGUAUGCUCAUCAUGGAGCAGAAGCGAUUUCGCAAAAAUGCUCUCCAACAGCGCCAUCCGAAUCAUAGUGCCAUUACGGCCGAUUUCGGUGUUUGUAUCAGCAUGUACCAUGCGCUCGAUCUGCUGGUAAAGCAUGGUAUAAGGACAUUCCUCAACUUUUUCGACGAUGGUGCUGGCACGAACGGGAAAGAGAAAUAUUUCGUCAACAAUGAUCGACAAAUAAAAGCAUUCCUGGAUCGGUUGCGGGAACAGUAUCAGCAUCGUCAGCAGCAAAGAUUGGACGAGUCGAGCGUAAUGACCGGAAAUGACGACAUUGAUUUUGGCCAUCCGAAGUAUCGCAUACUGGAGCAGCAGCUGACAACAUUCUUCAAAGAGUGCCCAGACUCUAAAGCGAUCGUUUUCUGCGAGUUUCGUGAUUCGGUUGCAAUGAUAAAGCGUAUGCUGAGUAAAAAGGAACCAUUGAUACGCCCGAACUGCAUUGUUGGACAAGGUGGGACCAACGGUGGUGUUCGCGUUCCGCAACACGAACAGAUUGGCGUUAUGCGUCAUUUCCGAUCCGGAGCGUACAACACCCUUAUCGCCACGUGUGUCGCCGAAGAAGGCAUCGAUGUAGGUGAGGUAGAUUUGAUAGUGUGCUUUGAUGUAGCGAAAAAUCCGGUUCGUUUCGUGCAACGAAUAGGUCGUACGGGGCGGCAACGGGUUGGUCGAGUUUUGAUGCUCGUUACUGAAGGUGAGGAACACAACACACUCAAGCAUGUGCUCGCAUCGAAGGACAAAACUAACCAACAGUUAGCCCGAAGCAAAGACAUUCUGCAGAUCCUUUAUCGCCAUUCACCACCACUUUUACCGGCCGGAUUGAAACCGACGUGUGCAAAAAUGUUUAUGAAUAUAUCCGACGAACCAACAACGGUACAACGUACCGGGUCAGAUUCUUCUGACGAGGAAAUUCAGAAAACCGUAAAGGGAAGCAGCCGGAAACGUAGAAACGACCGACUAAUGGAUGAAGCGACUGGAGCCAGCGGAUCAUCUUCGAAACGAAGAAAAACCAACGACACAAAAACGCGAGACGUAAGAGAGUACUUCCAAAGGCAACGACACGCUACAAUACAUGAGCUGGAUGUUAGCGAGUGUGAUGUUUUUGCCUUGGACUCACCCAAUCGGAGAAGCAAAACUACUUUGCACAAUCGAUCGCACGGCAAUAUAUCCAUACCGAUUGAUCAAACGAUUCGUCACGGUCAGACGGAAGCAGAAGUUGCAAUCUCUGCCUUGCUGAAACCCUUGAUAAGGCAUUACAAACAAUUGUGUCGUCAAAAAUGGCUGUAUAAAAAGAAACUACUGCAUCCGUCCAAAGUGAUACAGUUCGAAAGAAAGGAAUCGUCGAGUCAUGUGCCAGCGAUGGACGAUCCGCUGGAUCUGCCGGAGUUGGUUCCCCACGAAAAGAUCCGGUUUGAUGUUGGAAAAACUGUUGAAGAGAGUAUAGCUACGGAUCGUUCCAUCUCCGAUCUGUUCGACUUGAAGCUUAAUCAAUCGGAAACAACGACCACAGACAAGAAUUUAUGGGAAGAAAAUACACGUACAAUAUGGAAACAACCCGAAAGGAUCGUUAGUGUCAAAAAAUCAACUGUAUCAGUGCUGAACAAGGCUCAAAAGCAUUGCAACUCUCCGAAGGAUCUAAGCAACAGCCCUCUUCUACUUGCGUUCAAUCGAUCGGUGAAGAAAAGAAAAAACUCAGAUACACUUGAUACACCAGCUCGAACAAAUGACCAAUCUUUAACAUCACACUCUUCGAACAGCCAAAAAAUACCAAGUGUUUCACAUAAGAUAGUGCUGGAGUAUUUCCUUUUGCAAAGUUUGGCGCAAAUCUUUGAAGACGAUAGCUCUGAGGAGAUAGAUGCUCUGGAUACAGCUUCAAGCGGCCGAAGGCAGGACGAAAACUUAAUUUCCAAAGGAACAUCAAUCAGUAGGAGACUAUUUGGUGGUCUCAAAAACACCUCUUCAGUCAAUGUACCUGAUACGCUUACGACGAGGCAAGAGCAAUAUGCUUCCGCUACGACGAUUCCCGUAACCACAUCGGACGUGAAAUUCGACUAUUCCGAACAGACAGCGAACAAUCAACUUCUGAUGCGUUCUACACGUAUGUUGGAAAGCAGUAAUAAUUUAAAGAGAAAAAAUUUCGACCUAGGUUUGGCCGAGCUAGUUUUCCAGGAUGAAAGCAGUGACGAAUAUGAACAAAAUAGCGUCCCACAACCUAAGUCUUCCUCGAGAUCAUCGAGCAACUCCCAAAUUGCCAGCUCGAAAUUCGCUACUCUGCGUAGACAAAGUAGCCCUUUAGUGUGUCCAGAAGAGAUGUACUGUCUUCCGGGUAGAUCACCAUAUUUUGUUUCUUCAUAUGCGAAAUUGACACCCUCGCAGAAUGGGAAGAAACCAAACGAGCUCAAGGAACCGGUGUACAUGCAGCCUGUCAGUGAUAGAAAAAAUGAAACAAUGCAUGAAGCUAGACAAAUGGUAACGUCUCAUUCCUCCAAAUUGGAUAGUUUGCUGAAUCAAAGCAGAGACAAGAUAAUCUCUGGAGAAAACAUGUCUACACCCAAUGACGAAAAUGUGAAGGAAUCGAACGAACUGAAUGAACCCAGUAAACACACCCAGUCGAGCGAAAACAACGAAACAUUGAACGAAAGUAUUGUAGGGCGAAAGGUUCGACGUGCUUACAAUAAUAGGAUAGAUUCCAGUGGGGAUAGCUUGAAAGAUGGUAACGCAAACAAAUCAUCGGAUAGUCAUGAUUUGCAGUCACGCCUGGGAGACACUUUGAUAGACUGGAAGGAGGAAGACCAUGACAUUUUCCAAUCUGCUAUUGAGAUACGCUCGCCGCAUGCUUCAAUUCACUCCAAUAAGCAAACGAAACUCGGAAAAGCCAAAAAACGUACCAUCAACCAGAAGGGGCGUGAUUUUCUGCAAACUCAGGCCGCAGUAUCGGACGACACCGAUGAUGAUGUGGGAGAGGACAGCAAUGGUGAGAACUCACUGGAAAGUUUUGUCACUGCAUCCGACGACGAACAGAGCACUGUUGACAUGCGAGCAGUUUAUCUGCAGUCCGUGCGCAGUCCACUAGUACGUCGCGGUGGUUUCAAAAUACUGUCCAACAGGCCCAACAAUCAACAGACGGUGAAUGAUACGUGUUUGUCUGAAAUGGAUACACAAUACGCGGAAGAAGGUAGUCACAAGGUGGAUGCAGCGGACGCUAAUGGGGAGGAACAAUUUAAUUCCUUCAUCGAUGAUAACAUCGUCAUGAGUUUGGAGUCAGAUCUGUCGGAGCUUGAGAUAGCCGAACGAAAGCUCAAAGAGCGUCGUCAAAAAAAGAAAUGGGCACGCAAAUCGAAAGAGCACUCUUCUGCACGACGGAAAAUACGGCGCAUCAUGGAUUUCAUUUCAGAUAGCGAUUGA